UAUAUAUAUGUACAUAUAUACAAAUUCUGAUAUAUACCCCAAAAUAAAUUCCGUUGCAGUUUAUAUGCCUACUGUGUCCCACUGUGCAAGAACAAAAUAUUAGCACAUUAAAAUCACAUACUUUCCUCUGCUUACCAAUUUUUGCCGUUGGUCGCAUAGUUCGUUGAACUUGGCUAAACAAAUUGCCGAAAAACAUAAGUGCACUAUUUCCCAUAUAUCAUAUGUACAUACGUUAGCACAUAUAAACAUUUUUACCAGUUGCAUUUUCUGCAACUAUUCGUAUAAUAGCUAAGAGAGUCGCUGCUAUUUAUCGAACAAUACAGUCCACACGUACCAAGCGCACUCUAGCUUAUUUUAAUUUAUUUCAAUCUUGCUUUUCUCUGCUGCACUCACCAAGCUAAGAGAACGUAAAUCAAAGCCCGCUCUCUCAGCGGUGAGCGGCUCUUUACGUAUUAUUAUAUCCACUUGUGCAUUCCCGCACACAUACAUACAUACGCACUAUAAUCAAAACAAAUUCUCUGUUGUUUUCGUUUCUUAACUCACCACUGCUGUGACAAAGCAUAGCUUAGCCAUAUACUCGGCUUCAUACGUAAAUAUUUGUACAUACAUACGUACGUACAUUUUUACAUUCUACAUAUUCUGCACUUUUGUACAUACGUGCUAACAAAGAAUAUUGUCACACGAAUAUUAUCCAUAACGCGAUAAGAAAUCGAAGACAUCAUGGCAGCACGGAAGGCAUGCCCCCUGGCUCCAACGGCAGAGACAGACAACUGCCUACAAUGCCGGCUCUGCCACCGUUACCACGCAUUGCGGACGUGCCCGGCCUUCAAGGCGAUGAAGCCGCCGCAACGGUUGGGAGUAGCCCGCGCGCAAGGCUACUGCGUCAACUGCCUUGCGCUCACCCACACUACCGGGGAAUGCGACUCGCCGGGUAGUUGCAAGACCUGCGGGCUAGCGCACCACACGCUGCUGCAUGUGGCAGCCAACACGCAUGCGCGCACGGGGCCAAGGGAACAGGGGCCCAAGAAGAGGAAACCGGCCACAAAGGCCCCAAGGAGCGUCAAGCGGCGCGCACCGCCGAAGAAAAAGGCGCUGAAGAAGGCGCAGAAGAACCCGCGCAGCCACGCGCCGCAACCGCCGCGCAAGAAGACCGCCCAACGGACGAUCGCGCGCACGCCCCAAGGCCUACAAACGGCCAAUUUCCAGGGCCGCACCACCCACCGCGUCCUGGGCAACACGAUCCGCGCCCUGAAAGAGCUGCAGGAGACGCUCAGCAACGCAUUCCUGCAGGGCGGGGAUGAUGUCUAAGCCGCCGCUUAAGCCGAGUUCAGCGGCCGUGCGC